AUGAAUGACUAUAAGCCAGACAAUAUUGCUAUUACAUCACAAAAUGAUGAUUCAUUAGAGGACCUUAUAGGAAACGAUACAAUAAGUGUUAACGGAUUUUCUCUACAAGAAAUUGCUAACUUUAUACAAAAUAAGGUCAUAAACGAAGACGGGUUAACUUUAGCAGAAGUAUUUCAAGUACUUUUACAAAUGCUAAAUGGUAACUUAGAAUUGCUUAGAAAAGUAUUGCUACACGCGAAAAUUAUGGUACAAAAUGGAAUGGAAAUACCAAAAGAGUCGCAGUUAACCAGAUCCGAUGUACGCCGUGCCCUAAAAGUACAAGAAGCUAUAAAAAACCCACGUAAAAUAAGUAUGGAUCUAGUGCAUGCACAGCAAGCGCGGAGGGCUUUAGAUUAUCUGGUAGGAUUUACCUUAUCACCUCUGCUGUGGAAAAAAUUGCCUGGAAGUAGAUCUGCAGGCCGAGUACAAUCUGUUGUACUGAGGCUUAUAUGCGAGCGAGAAGAUGAGAUUAAUAAAUUUGUAUCUCAAGAAUAUUGGAGCAUCAAAGCAGAAAUGCAGAAUAAUAACAGUGAGACUUUUUUUGCAUUGCUUAGCCACUAUGAGAGUAAAAAAUUAGAGAAAUUUGACAUUAAAAAUGAAGAGCAAGCAAAACAUCUAAUCAAAGAAAUCGAAACACGACAAUACGCUGUCAGUACGGUAGAGCACAAGCAAAUAAAAAGAAACCCCCUUCCGCCGUUCAUCACUUCAACUCUGCAGCAAGAUGCAGUUAAUAAACUUCAUUUCAAUAUAAAAAAUGUAAUGCGCAUCGCACAGAAUUUAUAUGAAGGCAUCAAUAUUGGCGGAGAAACAGUAGGUUUAAUCACUUACAUGCGUACAGAUGGGUUUUAUAUCGCUGAUGAGGCAAUUAACUCGAUUAGACAGUCAAUCAAGUCACUAUAUGGUGAUAAGUAUUUACCAAAGUCUCCUCGUCAAUAUGCAAAAAAAGUUAAAAAUGCUCAAGAAGCACACGAAGCAAUUCGUCCAACAGAUAUAAAUAGAACACCAAAUAGCAUAGCUCAAUAUUUAACACCAGAACAACUGAAGUUAUAUGAUCUAAUUUGGAAAAGGACCAUUGCAAGUCAGAUGGAGUCAGCAAUUAUCGAUCAGAUAAUAGUAGAGAUCAACUCUCAUGAUCAGAAAAUAACUCUUAGAGCAAACGGAUCAAGCAUAUUUUUUGAUGGUUUUUAUAAGGUUUAUCAAGACAAUAUAGAAAUAGAAAAUGAAAGUUUAUUACCUGCUUUGAAAGAAGGGGAAGCAUGCAAACUAAUUGCUACAACCCCUAAACAGCAUUUCACUCAACCACCAGCACGUUAUAGCGAGGCAAGUAUUGUAAAAAAAAUGGAGGAGAUAGGUAUAGGUCGUCCAUCAACUUAUUCAGUAAUCAUUUCUGUGUUGCAAGAUCGUGGCUACGUUACAUUAGAUAAUAAAAGAUUUAUUCCAAGUAGUCGUGGUACAAUCGUAACCAUUUUCCUAAAAAAAUUCUUUAGUCGUUACGUAGAAUAUGAUUUCACUGCUCACAUGGAAGAAGAGCUGGAUGUCAUAUCAAAUGGAAAUGCAGAUUGGAAAGAAGUGUUAAGACAUUUCUGGGUACCAUUUUCCGACAAUACUAACUCUGUGAAGCAAAUGACAUAUGAUGAAGUCCUAGAUGGAAUUCGCGAAUUAAUUCUUAAUUACUUCUGCUCAGAAGAAGAAAAAAACAACAUUGAAGAAAAAUGCUCAGCCUGCCCUGAUGGUAUGUUAAAGUUAAAUGUUGGACGCAGUGGAGUAUUUUUAGGAUGCUCUAACUAUCCUCAAUGCAAUUAUACAAGAGAAAUUACUGGCAACGAUAAUUCAGAAUACCCUAAAAGCCUUGGCAUAGAUGUAAAAACAGGACAGGAAGUGGUGAUAAAAAAAGGUCCUUAUGGGUUUUACCUGCAGUUCAACAGUGAAGUGGAUAAGAAAAAAGCAGCCAUUCCAAAGGAUAUAAAUAUCGAUGAUGUAGAUCUUGAUAUGGCAACUGCACUGCUUUCACUACCGAAAGUUAUAGGAAAUCACCCAGACACAAACAAAGAGGUAAAAGUAGGUCUUGGAAGGUUUGGAUAUUAUAUUUUGUAUGACGGCAAAUAUUUUUCUCUUAAAAAAACACACAAAGAAGCGCUGAGUGUUACAUUAGAUGAAGCAUUAACAAUUAUUGCAAGCAGUGCACAAAAGAUAUUAAAGUCCCUUGGUGUUGAUGAAAAAGGAAAGGAAAUUGUUAUUUGUAACGGAAGGUAUGGACACUAUAUAAAAUGCGGAAAGACAAACGUUGCUUUAGGUAAAGAUGCUGACAUUGAAAGUAUCGACUUAAAAAAGGCAAUGGAACUCAUUCAAAACAAACAAGCAAGUUCGUCGUAA